CUGCUUCACGCCCACGCCACUGUAUAAUCAUCUGAUAUUUUCGAUUAUUUUCUCUUUCAAUACAUUCGUUGCCUAAUUUAUUAAAAAAAUGAUUGAUUCUGCAAAAUUAUCAUUCCUGCAUGUUAAAUAAUAAGUCACCUUGAACGUUGAAGUCCAAAUUCUAUUCUAUUUUCCUCCAGUAUAUAACAAAUAUUGAUGAAAGAAUAUGUCGCUUACGCUCUCUUAACUUAUUUAAUCUUUAUUCGCUUAUAAUAAUGGCAUCAGCUAGUAGUACAAGUGCAAAAACUCUCUUUGAUGAUUCGAAAAUGAGAUUGGCAGAUAGGGUGCAAAUGAAUUUAAACAAUAUUUGCUCACUUGCUAGACAGAUUACCAGGGGAUCUAAAAGUAACGAGAUAUUGAUGCAUUCCGCCCGUAAUUUUGCGGUCCAAGAACAACAAAUGGAAAACAGUGAGAAAAAUCUGAAGAAAAUGCAAUUGUUGGUAGUUCAUCUUGGUUACCAACAGAAUUCAAUUGAAAAUUCUGCUCGUCAGAUCGAGGAAGUCAAAGAACAGAUAUGUGCCAUGCAAAGAUAAAAUUUGUUGAUAAAUGAGUAACUUAUUG